AUGGACCUUGAUCUGUGGGACUUUGCCGGGCAACAUCUUUACUAUACAUUUUGCCCAGUUUUCUUCUCGUGGCGGGCAGUUUACUUACUGGUUUACAACCUCAGCAAAGGAUUAAAUGAAAUUGCCAUGCCUUGUUUCAGACGAGGAUUUUUGAACAUUCCCCUUGAGAACACAAAUCGCCAAACAAAUUUGGAAAAUUUGUUGUCGUGGUUGGUCACCCUCAGCUCAGUUUGCACAUCAAAGCCAGAAGCGAAUGAAAAAACACCGUCAGAAUCAGAUCUGCUCUACACUCGCCCACCAGUGUUCAUAGUGGGAACACAUGCGGACAGAAAACAGGAUCAGGAUGUCAAAGAGAUGGAAUUACAAAUAACGAAUGAAAUUUCCGAAAAAGACUACGAAAGUCACGUGAUCCGCCCUUUCUUUUCAGUUGAUAAUACGCAAGGAUCAUCUGAUAAGGGGGUCGCUGCACUUCAGAAAAAAAUUAUCGAAGUUUUGAAGAAAGAACCUUAUAUGGGGGAGGAGAUACCCCUAAGGUACGCUUAUUUUCAGUCAAACGUAAUACAGAGUAAACUUAAUUUGCUUCCUGGUUUACACUCUUUUUUUUUCUAAGAGCCUUUUUUCAUAAGAACGUUCAGCCUGAAAUUUGCCAAAAUACUAAGAAUAUGCUAAGAACAUACCCGAGGCGCAGAGAAGAACAAUUUGUUUUUUACUGCUUUUACUUUCCUAAAUCCAGAAAAUCUGAACACUUCCAUAAUUUCCUACACGGAAUCAGAAUGCAUGUAAAAUUUUGUUCUUUCAUCACAUUCCUAUUGUGUAUGGUCAAUGACACAUUUGCACUGUACUUGUACAAUUCAUUAAUGUGAAAAAUAUAAUCAUUGUCUUUAGAAAAGUGUCACUAGCACAAUGUCCGUUAUUGAAAUUUAAGAACAUCCGUAACAACAUUUCCAGGCUGAAACUGCUCUGAAAAUAAGAACGGUCCAGGCUCAACUCGAAAAAUGGACGUUCUUAUUUAAAGAAGAGUGUAUUAAAGUUAAUGGUUAAUUUAACGAAAAAGUAGGGUUUUGAUUACUGAGAGAUCUUCUGAACGGUGGGGAUGAAAACUUGGUUGUGUCCACUGAUAUAAGGAAAAUACAGCAGCAGAAUGAUACAAGCGUACUGUCUACAGUGUUGGAGCGGCUAUUAUUGGUUGGUUGUCGUUUUAAACCCCUGUUUAAAGAAACUUUCUUGCUGCUGCUGCGGCCUUCUUAAGAAUGAUGAACCCCUUUUGAGCUGCUUGUGUGUGGAUCAUGCUUAAUGUUGCCUGUUGACCGAAGGUGGAGACCAAAAAUAUUUGUGUCCGUUUUUGUAUAAACCCUUUAAAAGUUCCAAACUAACGAAUCAGUAAUUUCUGUCCCAUUUAAAACGUCUCUAGGGUUUCAUACUUAUUAGUGCAGCGGCCAAAUUGCGUCAACUUUGAAAGUACUGCGAAAAGAGGUUCAAAUGAAAUUUUGAUAUUUGUUUUUCAGGUGGUUCAACUUCGAGAAGGUUGUGCAAGCUUUGGCUGCUGAAAAUGUACAUUACUUGAAACUUGAUCAACUUAAAGUCAUCAUCCGGAAAUUUUGCUUCAUUGAAAAUGAGGAUGACGUCGUCACUUUGUUGGAUUACUAUCAUGACAUCGGAAAGAUUGUCCGGCACCACAACACAGUCGUACUUCGGGCCAAAUGGCUGAUUGACAUCUUCAAAAAACUUGUAACCAUUUGUCCUUUUGAUGACUCGGUAAGAAACAAAAUGUCAAGUGCUUGUAAUACUGUUAGGAGAACCCCCUAGCUAACCGUUUGGCCCUGUCUGAUUUCAUGUGACUAUAUAGUUAUGGUCUGAGUUCAGGUACAGGGAAGGAUUAGGGCUGAGAUGGCUUUAGCUGCCCUUCUCACACCCUAACAUAUUUACAAGAAAUAUCCUUUUUUUAAUUUUGGCAAAGGUAGGAUUGAGAUUCGAAAUUAAAUCGAUUCUUGACCUGCACACACAUUUCAAGCUAACUGAGCUUUCAAUACACCCACUUUUCAUCUUGCCACCUUAUAGUAGAAAAGAAACUUUUUAUCAAAGGAGAAAAGAAUAAACUCCUUCUAACGUAUUCCUCAAGGGGAGACAUUGUAAGAAACGAAAUCAGUUCUACAGCAAACAAAACGAUACAAAAACAGUAUUGCCUUUUGGCACGCAGUAUAGUCCAUCUAUGCUCAACCUCCAUCAAGCUGUUAUAAAAAACUAGUUCGCUCAAAAAAUCCUCAAGAAAUCUCCUCUAAUAUCCUAGGGAAGAACGGAUUGUUAAAAGACAUUCUUGUUAAAGCGCAACUAAAAAGCAGUGGUCUCGACUGUUGUGCUGGCACCGGAGGCAUCGCUGCCCUCCCUCUUUCAACAAACUUCUUAAAACUUUUCUUCCAGUGUAUAUUAGACUAGUAAUUCUUUCUUGUAGAGUACAGUCCUUUUUGGGGGGUCUGAGAUUGUUUAUCGGGCAAAGUAUUCUUUUGACGAAGAACCCCAAAAAUAGAUAAGGAUGCUUCGUGGAGUUUUUAAUAGGUGUGAAAUGUAGUAGCCUAUCUAAAACCAAACAGUGAAUGAACAACCUGUGGAAGCCACGCUUUAAGUUGUAGUUCCUAGGGCACAGAGAAAAUUUUCUCCCUUCACACGAACAAUCAAUGAAUGGAACUCCCUUCCCGUGGAUAUUGUAAAUACCACGUCUGUAGAUAGUUUUAAAUCUAAGUUAAUAGGUUUUAAUAUUCCAGUGUAUUAGGUUUAUUCAGUUUUCAUUAUCUUAGUGCAUAAUUUAUUAUGUUUCUUUUGUCAUUCAGUUGGUGUGAUAUCUCGUGAUUUUACCGACUGGUAGAAUUGUAGAUGUAGGUUCUUGAAGAAAUUCAUCAGGCUAGUGAAGUUAAACAGUCGAUUUAAAUGUUCUUAAAAGCCUUAAAUAGGCUUCUGAAACACCUUCAGAAGCCUAUUUAAGGCUUGUGACACUUUUAAUGUUUUUCAAGUUUUGAUAAAGAUGGCUGACAGUCAUCGAAACUGUCAGCAUCAAUAAGACGUUAAGACUGGCUAUGUUUUAAGAACAUUUAAAUCGACUGUAGAUGUAGAUGUAGAUACAGAUCAGGCUUUUUUAUUUGCCGGGUGCUGUUCGUUUUUUUUUAGGAACCAAGUCAUUCCAAGUUGUGGAAACAAAUGGAGAAAACAGGUGUCCUCGAUAUGGAGCUUGUUAAUCACGUGUUUUGCAAUGAGUUUCAUCAGCACAAGGAUGAUAUUUUGGACAUGAUGGAACAGUUUGGACUGAUCGUCAAGUUUACCAAAUCUCCAGGAAAAGACAUUUACCUUGUUCCCUGUCAACUUCGAACACCUCCUGACGCCCUGGGUAAAAUUGAGCCUUUUCCUUCAGAUCCUUGUACAUUAUACCUUCGUUUUCUCGGAAGUUUUGUUCCUUAUGGUUUUUUUUCUCAGCUUGUGUCACGAUGUGUCACUUGGUGCUGUCCAGCUGGAUCUGAACUGCCUAACUUGUACGAUGGAGCAUCUCGAUUCUUCAUCGGAAAGGAACAAAAUCACCAGUUGAUCCUUGUAUGCAAGAAACGAUUUAUCAAGAUCAUUUUGAAUGAAAUACAGCGAGAUGAUUCGUCAUGUGAUGGUGGGGCGAAAGUGCAAGACGUGGCUAUCAAAGUGCGAACAUUUCUGGAACACACAAUGCAAACUAUGUCACACGAGCUGUCUGGGUUUAAAAACUUGGCUUAUGAAUUGUGUGUUGAAUGUCCGUUUUGCCAGGAGAAGCAAAAAAAAUGUGACUAUCAUGGCCAGUUUCUUUGCCCCAACGAGUACUGUAUGUGCCUUCUGAAAGUUACCGCAGAUGGGUCAUUUAAAAACUGCACUAAGAGCUUUGUCUGUGUGAAACCGAAACUUGCUCAGCUCCAAAGAUGGUUCCCUGUCAAAGGUGAGGCUGACAUGAUACAACAACAUCAUUAACAACCCUUAUUUGCACUCACUUUUGUUCUACAAGAAAUUAAGAUAAUGAAAAUAUUAAAAAUAAAUUAGAGUACUGGCUGCCUGGAAUAACCAUAGAGGCCAGCGGAGCCAGUCAGCCAGAAAUAAAUUGAUAAGAAAACUGAUGACUGAGUUGCCCGUUAUUUAAAAAAAAAAAAAAAACUUACAACAAUCGGGCCUCACUUUAGCCUGAAAUUCAUCCGAUUGCUUUGAGUCGUUUUCUCCUCUCAACCACGUCUGAAUCGACCGGCCGUUAAUGCCUUCCAGUGACGUCACUCACUACCCGAAAACUGGGUAGUGAUUUUGAUUGGUUGAUUGUCUAAACAUUCGCAAAUUAUGUAUAACUAUGAAAAAUUUUAACGAGAUUGUCGCUUGAUAUUCAGCGGAUCACAUCCCUGGCAUUCUUUCGUUUAGUUCAAACAUUACGAUAAGCUUAAUCUUUAUCUUAAACAGCAAAAUUGCCCUCGCCUUGAAAACUGAAAUGCUAAAUUGAACUGCGAAUGAAGAAUCAUUGUGGAGAGUCGGUAGGUUUUUCAUUUAGAGCCGCUUUGUGGUUUCGGCGGCCGGUGAUUUUGUUUACGCGAAGUUUUCUGAGAUCAAUGUUAUAAUUCGACCUUCUUGCUAUUCUUACCGUCAAGUGUAAUGGUUCUGUUAGCUUUUCUUUCUUGUCUCCUUGUUUUUUUGUUCUUCGUUAAGGACCAAAUAGCUUCGUUUCAAUUAAAGCAAAUCAUUGUGUUUUUGAACUAAGUGUUCCGUGUGUGUGUUUAUUUCAUUGCGAAACCGAGUUUGAUUCUAGAAUUUAGUACAACCGGUUCAGAGUUGUACUGCUGCAGUUGAUAGUUUGAACGUUAAACAUGAAUUACGAUCGAAAAAAAUAAAGCAAUUCUAUAUCAUGCACACAUUUCCAAACGAUAUUUCUCGGUUUGGUACGUGAAGAUCGUGUUUUACUUUUUGCAUGAAUUAAAACAAAGGUCAAGGAGUAGUGACGGCAUUAACGGCCGGUCUAUUCAGACGUUACUGAGGGAGUAAUAACGACUCCAAGUAAUCGGAUGAAAUUCAGGCUAGCCUCACUUGAGAGAAACCUUUUCUUUACGUGCAGUUUUGUUGCAGCUGGUAACUUACUCAAUUCUUGCCUUUUUAUAAGGCGGUUCAGCUAUAACACGCACGAAAUUGUAGGCCUUGUUUCAGUGAAACGGUGGACAAAUGGUGAGCACUAUGUAUUGAACAGUCCAACUAAAUUUUACAAGGCAAAUGUUUUCCAGUGAAGGCCGGCAUCCUCUAUCUUAGUCCUUUGUUCUGCUAGCCUUUUCAUUCCUUACAUAUGUUAAAAGCUCGGGCAGUUUAAGCUGAGGUGACGACGUACUAUGUUAUUUAUUUGAAGUGAGACCGUAAAGUGAGUGAGAUAUGGGCCGAUUAGAAAAUGGUGAAAACAAGGUAUAAAAGUAACCAUAACAUAUUUGAGGAUUGAUAUAUUCUGCUUGAAUGUACUGUUGGUCAUUUUCAUAGUGAAAUACUAAAUGUUAACUAGGGAGAACACUUCAAGUUUAAGGCUUCUCAUAGAUAUUAUUAUAGGUUCUCUUUGAUUUAGUUUUUAUGUUUUACAACUGUUUUGUUUUUCUCUUCUUGUUGCAGCGGAUGAGGCCAGGUUUACGGAGGUAAUGAAACAUUUUGUUUAUCAAAUUAACUUUUCUUUGUAUCUUAAUAAUUACACUUUUGAUUGACUGAUUUUUGAUUGUCAAAAUUCGGGGUGCUAAUUAUCUCAAGAAAUUUUCUGUAGUAUUCUUUCAUGAGGAAGGCGGUGAAAACGAACGUUUUACAAUAACUGAAUCACUUCUCGCGCGCUCAUUGGCUAAUUUUCAUCAUCAAUGAGAGAACAGACACAUAAAAUUUUAAUUUAUGCAAGACGCGGUCAUUUGCCGAACGAAUGCCAAACUUCUAUGUUUUUCUUUAGUUUAGUUUCGAAAAAGAUUCACUUUCUGUCUGCUUAGGAAAAUAGCCAGAUAACCCUGAUGCAAGACUUGAAUCCCGUUUGAAUUCUCUACAAAAAGCUCAAGCAGAGGAAACUGAACAAAAACGCGUAGUUUCCAAAAGCGAAGACGAAUUGAUGGAACUUGUAUUGCUUCAAAACUGCGAAGGAUUCAGAUAAGCUUUUAACAUUCAUACUUAGUUUUAAAGGUGAAAAUAGAAAGAAAACAAUUCUGAAAGUCUAGGUUAUUCAAAAUAAAGACAUUGAUUACAGUGGUUUUCUUUUGACAAGUACCGAGUGUUUUUCAGAUUCCUUUUAACGAAAGGAAAACAAACGUUUUGUACAAAACUUUGUGAAACUUUGUAAGCUUCUGGUAAGUUGAAUUGAAGACUACAUGCGUAUAAAACCCAUUUUUUGGUUUGAAUGAACGCAGUUCAUAUAGCUGAAUGGUGUUCAGGACGAAAAAUAAGACUUGAACUGAAGUAAACAACAGUAAGACGAUAUCUGUUCGUACUGUUCGGUCAGCAACUUUUCAAAACUGCUUGGCUAGUCGCUUCACAGACAGCUCCAUCGUACAUCGCUUCGCUUUGCUCGAUUAUUUUAACGGCUCCAAAAUCUUUUCUUGGGAUAAUUUCUAACCUUGGGCUAGUUUAUGACUUUAUAACACCCUAAAAUGGCUUUCAUUAUUCGAGACAAUAAAUAUCGCUGACUUCAUUCUUGUUCUGAAUAGAAGUUUGGAAAACAAUUUAUUCCUAAUUUAUGCGGGGCAGUGGCCUGACUCAACCUGUCAAAUUUUAGCCAAUGAAACUCCCGUUGUUUGUCUUCGGUAGCCAAUCACCAACCGAGAAAAGUUAUUGACAAUAACAUCGCGCUUGUUUAAAUUUUGGCAAAGGUAGGAUUGAGAUUCGAAAUUAAAUCGAUUCUUGACCUGCACACACAUUUCAAGCUAACUGAGCUUUCAAUACACCCACUUUUCAUCUUGCCACCUUAUAGUAGAAAAGAAACUUUUUAUCAAAGGAGAAAAGAAUAAACUCCUUCUAACGUAUUCCUCAAGGGGAGACAUUGUAAGAAACGAAAUCAGUUCUACAGCAAACAAAACGAUACAAAAACAGUAUUGCCUUUUGGCACGCAGUAUAGUCCAUCUAUGCUCAACCUCCAUCAAGCUGUUAUAAAAAACUAGUUCGCUCAAAAAAUCCUCAAGAAAUCUCCUCUAAUAUCCUAGGGAAGAACGGAUUGUUAAAAGACAUUCUUGUUAAAGCGCAACUAAAAAGCAGUGGUCUCGACUGUUGUGCUGGCACCGGAGGCAUCGCUGCCCUCCCUCUUUCAACAAACUUCUUAAAACUUUUCUUCCAGUGUAUAUUAGACUAGUAAUUCUUUCUUGUAGAGUACAGUCCUUUUUGGGGGGUCUGAGAUUGUUUAUCGGGCAAAGUAUUCUUUUGACGAAGAACCCCAAAAAUAGAUAAGGAUGCUUCGUGGAGUUUUUAAUAGGUGUGAAAUGUAGUAGCCUAUCUAAAACCAAACAGUGAAUGAACAACCUGUGGAAGCCACGCUUUAAGUUGUAGUUCCUAGGGCACAGAGAAAAUUUUCUCCCUUCACACGAACAAUCAAUGAAUGGAACUCCCUUCCCGUGGAUAUUGUAAAUACCACGUCUGUAGAUAGUUUUAAAUCUAAGUUAAUAGGUUUUAAUAUUCCGUUGUAUUAGUUUUAUUCAGUUUUCAUUAUCUUAGUGCAUAAUUUAUUAUGUUUCUUUUUUCAUUCAGUUGGUGUGAUAUCUCGUGAUUUUACCGACUUGUAGAAUUGUAGAUGUAGGUUCUUGAAGAAAUUCAUCAGGCUAGUGAAGUUAAACAGUCGAUUUAAAUGUUCUUAAAACAUAGCCAGUCUUAACGUCUUAUUGAUGCUGACAGUUUCGAUGACCGUCAGCCAUCUUUAUCAAAACUUGAAAAACAUUAAAAGUGUCACAAGCCUUAAAUAGGCUUCUGAAACACCUUCAGAAGCCUAUUUAAGGCUUGUGACACUUUUAAUGUUUUUUAAGUUUUGAUAAAGAUGGCUGACAGUCAUCGAAACUGUCAGCAUCAAUAAGACGUUAAGACUGGCUAUGUUUUAAGAACAUUUAAAUCGACUGUAGAUGUAGAUGUAGAUACAGAUCAGGCUUUUUUAUUUGCCGGGUGCUGUUCGUUUUUUUUUAGGAACCAAGUCAUUCCAAGUUGUGGAAACAAAUGGAGAAAACAGGUGUCCUCGAUAUGGAGCUUGUUAAUCACGUGUUUUGCGAUGAGUUUCAUCAGCACAAGGAUGAUAUUUUGGACAUGAUGGAACAGUUUGGACUGAUCGUCAAGUUUACCAAAUCUCCAGGAAAAGACAUUUACCUUGUUCCCUGUCAACUUCGAACACCUCCUGACGCCCUUGGUAAAAUUGAGCCUUUUCCUUCAGAUCCUUGUACAUUAUACCUUCGUUUUCUCGGAAGUUUUGUUCCUUAUGGUUUUUUUUCUCAGCUUGUGUCACGAUGUGUCACUUGGUGCUGUCCAGCUGGAUCUGAACUGCCUAACUUGUACGAUGGAGCAUCUCGAUUCUUCAUCGGAAAGGAACAAAAUCACCAGUUGAUCCUUGUAUGCAAGAAACGAUUUAUCACGAUCAUUUUGAAUGAAAUACAGCGAGAUGAUUCGUCAUGUGAUGGUGGGGCGAAAGUGCAAGACGUGGCUAUCAAAGUGCGAACAUUUCUGGAACACACAAUGCAAACUAUGUCACACGAGCUGUCUGGGUUUAAAAACUUGGCUUAUGAAUUGUGUGUUGAAUGUCCGUUUUGCCAGGAGAAGCAAAAAAAAUGUGACUAUCAUGGCCAGUUUCUUUGCCCCAACGAGUACUGUAUGUGCCUUCUGAAAGUUACCGCAGAUGGGCCAUUUAAAAACUGCACUAAGAGCUUUGUCUGUGUGAAACCGAAACUUGCUCAGCUCCAAAGAUGGUUCCCUGUCAAAGGUGAGGCUGACAUGAUACAACAACAACAUUAA